AUGUUCGGAAUCCGCCGGGAUCCAUCUAGAAUCUGGAGUUUAGAGGUUUGCCAAGCAGACAUGUUUGCAGGACAUGCAUUUGGGGACUCUGCGUUUGCACCUAAUCCCAUGGGAGUGCCGGUGCUUGCGGGAACACCAACGGUGGCGGCGGCAUCGGUGCUGCAGUACCCGUACAUCCAAAGCAUGUUGCCGGGACCGUCGGAUGCGCACUCCUUCCAGGCGCCGCAGCCGCCUCCUCAAGACGAUGAGAAGGAUGUCAAGCAAAGCAUCAAGGAGCUGCAAGUUCGCUUCAAGCUGGAUGACCGCAUCGUCAGGGAUUUGGCUGGCCAAAUGAAGAAGAGACGCGACACCUCGCAAGAAGACAUGCAAGCUCUUUGGGAGAUCCUUGGGGGUGCAAGGAACCCGGCUGGCUUGCUGCGCGUGAAAAUCAGAGAGAUGGAGGACGGAAAAUUUCGUGGCACGCUGACCCCGGACAAAGAUGUCGAGGAGCUUGCCAAGAAGUUCAACUUGGAUACCCAGGCAGCAGCGAAACUAGCAGAAGUACUCUCAAGAAGAGAUGACCGCAAGAAGGAUCUGAGGCAGAUACAGAAGCAUCUCCAACUUUCGAACAGACCGUCCUCCCUUGUCAUGCUGAUGCUGAAAGACAUGCGGAAUGGACUUCCGAUCAGGGACCCUGAGUAUCCGCCAGCAGUGGGCAGUUUGGCUCACAAGCGUGGGAUGAAGGGGCAAAGGAGCCGAAGUCGAACAAAACGACGGAGGGCAUCGUCGAGUAGCUCACCUCCCCUCCGGAGCCCCGUUCGAUCCUGUGGUGCAGGACCAGACCCAAAGAAGGUCGCUACGGCGCGCGGCCCUCGGCCGCAAACGCUGCUUGAGCGGUUCGGCUGA